AAAACACACAAGAAACUCCAUAUUUCUGAUUCUGAUCCGGGAUCCAUCAUUGAGUACAGGCUCCUGGUUUUGCGUCUCGCCAGUUUCAAGUUCCUCGGGAAGAGAUCCAGUCCGGACUUUACCACAGACCUCAGUCACCGUUACCGCAGCAUCCGUCUAAACCUCCUUCAAAUCCAGCCGUACACAGCACUUUACAUCACUUUCUUCACCUAACACACAAAACCUUGACAUUCUCCUUCAGUAUAUCAGUGAUUAUCUGCGAGGACCGAGCGGGAUACAACCCUUUAACCGCGACUAGCAGCUUCGCUAAUUCUCAGCAGCGGGUUUCUGCGUCAAGAAAUGAUGUGGACACCGAACCGCUGGUGAAAGUGCACAGUAGUUUGGCUGCACAAGGAUUCACUGGUCAUGCUGUGCUUUGGAGGGACAAGAAGAGACGCUAAAUAAGAAAGGACGAGAGAGUCGAGAGAAGAGACAUUAGUCAGCAGCCGCUACCAUGUCUCGUCAUCAAAGCCGAGCCACCAGCCUGGAGGAGAAGGGAGCCACGCCCAUCCACAAGAGCUCCACCCCCUCACACAAGAGCUCCACCCCCACUCACAAAAGCGCAUCCUCUUCCUCCUCAUCUCAGAGAGACAGUCGACAAGAGACAGAUAGUUGGGAAAUCAUCGAGGGGCUAAGGAUUGGUCACACUCAUAUCCUGAGGCCAGACAAACAUGAAGGUUUUAUGCUGAAGAGGAGGAAAUGGCCUCUGAAGGGCUGGCACAAGCGAUUUUUCGUUUUGGAUAACGGGAUCCUGAAGUACUCCAAAUCUCCUGUAGAUAUUCAGAGAGGAAAGCUUCACGGCAGUAUAGAUGUGGGUCUGUCUGUGAUGUCCAUCAAGAAAAGAGCUCGUCGCAUAGAUCUGGACACAGAAGAGCACAUUUACCAUCUGAAGGUGAAGUCUCCAGAUGUUUUUGACAUCUGGGUGUGCAAGCUGCGUCACCAUCGUUUGUUCCGUCAGAACGAGAUUGUUCGCUCUCCUCGUGAUGCCACGUUACGCACCUUCCCUCCGUCGGCCAGCGCAGAGUCACCCCAGAACACCUCUUCCAGCGCACACCAAAACAAGCAGGGUAAACCCAGUGGUCCACCCUGGCAGCUGCCACCAUCCUGUAGUAAUGGACAGAGUAAAGUGGCAGCCUGGUUACAGGAGUCUGAGGAGAUGGACAAGUGUACAGAAGAACUUGCCUACUGCCAGUCUAGUCUUUUAGAAUUGAGUCAACUGCUGCAAAGUCUGGAGAUCUUACAAAGGACGCAGUCAGCUCCCAACUUCACCGACAUGCAGAGUAACUGUGUAAAUUUGACAAAGAAAGAAAAGCGAGUCAGCAGAAGAUGGAGGACUAAAAGUGUCAGCAAAGAUGCAAAAUUGCAACAGCAGGUCCAGCCACUUCCCCAGUCCCACAGUGCUAAAGUUCCCCUGAGUGCAAGUAUGUCUCAAGUGCGUCUCCACUCCUCUAAUCCUAACCUAUGUGCGGAGCUGGCUGAUUUUCAAACCCCAGUCACACGCCUGACUGACAGUAUCGACAGCGCCAGUGACUACAUCAAACUGCAGGAAGAUUUCUGCCUAGUUGCGCAAAAAGUGCACUCUCUUCUGAAGUCUGCCUUCAACACUGUGGCCAUAGAGAAGGAGAAGAUUAAACAGGUGUUGAUGGAACAGGAGCAGACCGGCCAAUCAAAUCAGAUUAUAACUCUCCACCGCUCCCUUUCACAAGCCUUGUCCCAGAAUGCUGAGCUCAAGACCCGUCUGAGCCGAAUCCACUCUGAGUCGGUUCUGUCUGAACAGGUCGUCAGUGUGAACUUCAUCAGCAGUCCUGACGAGGCAGGUGAGCCGCUCCACGUGGGCAUCCCUCUCUCUCAGCAGGUGUCCAAUGAGAGCAGACUCUCCAUGUCAGAGUCCGUGUCUGAGUUCUUCGAUGCUCAAGAGGUGCUUCUGUCCGCCAGCUCAUCAGAGAAUGAGGCUUCUGAUGACGAGUCUUACAUCAGCGAUGUGAGUGAUAACAUUUCAGAGGACAACGCCAGCGUCACAGAUAACGUUUCCAGACAGAUGCCUAACGGUGAUCUGGCCAGUGGUGCGUUUCGUAACGGUAGACGUACGUGUCUCCCUGCUCCCGCCCCUGACACUUCCAACAUUAACCUGUGGAACAUCCUGAAGAACAACAUCGGGAAAGACCUGUCGAAAGUGUCCAUGCCAGUGGAGCUGAACGAGCCGCUGAACACACUGCAGCACAUGUGUGAGGAGCUGGAGUACACAGAGCUGCUGGAUAAAGCAGCUCAAACCGACGACCCCUACGAACGCAUGGCAAUCGUUGCAGCGUUUGCAGUUUCAGGAUAUUCCUCCACCUAUUACAGAGCGGGCAGUAAACCCUUUAACCCCCUUCUGGGGGAAACGUAUGAAUGUAUUCGUGAAGACAAAGGAUUCUGCUUUUUUUCUGAACAGGUGAGCCAUCAUCCGCCCAUCUCCGCUUGUCACUGUGAGUCCCAGAACUUCACCUUCUGGCAGGACGUCAGAUGGAAGAAUAAGUUUUGGGGAAAGUCUAUGGAGAUUCUUCCCAUCGGAACAGUGAAUGUCACGCUGCCCAGUUAUGGCGAUCACUAUGAGUGGAACAAGGUGACGACGUGCAUCCACAAUAUUCUGAGCGGGAGGCGAUGGAUCGAACAUUACGGCGAGGUCACGAUCAGAAACAGCCGAAACACCAGCUGCAUCUGCAAACUCACCUUUGUGAAGGGAAACUACUGGAGCUCAAAUGUGAAUGAGGUGCAAGGAUCAGUGAUGGACCAGGAGGGAAAAGUCAUUCACAGACUGUUUGGGAAAUGGCAUGAGGGUCUGUACUGUGGCAUCCCACCUUCAGCCAAAUGCAUCUGGAGACCAGGGUCUAUGCCUACAGAUUAUGAGCUGUACUACGGCUUCAGCAGGUUUGCCAUAGAGCUCAAUGAGCUCUGCCCUGAGCUGAAGGAGCUGCUGCCACCAACAGAUGCUCGCUUCAGGCCGGACCAGAGGUGUCUGGAGGAAGGAAAUGUUCAGAUGGCAGCAGCUGAGAAACAAAGAAUCGAAGAGCAGCAGAGAAACAGGAGGAAGUGGCUGGAGGAGAACAACAUCAGACACCAGCCGCGAUUCUUUAAGAAGGUUAUGGACAGUCACCAGAGGGAGAGAUGGGUGUCUAACAAUACGUACUGGGAACUGCGCAAGGACCCCGGCUUCCUCAAACAAGAAAACCCUGAGCUGUGGUAGAUCCAGACGCCUUCACUGCUGACUGCAGACGCUUACUAUGCAGAACAGGACCUCCCUCUAGAUUUGGAUUUUAUCUCCAGAAACGGACUGAAAAUAAAAACAAGAAACAAACACUCUCUCCUCAUCACUUGGGCAGGUUUGGCCUCAUUAGUCUCCCUCUCUAUAGUAACAGAGAGACUGCGAUGUUGUCAGGGCAAAAGUGAGAGCUGUAGAGCUGUCCACAUGAAGUCCUUGCCUUAAGAAGUCACUUCUCAACAACCAAGUUUUGCGCUUUUAGUGAAAUUCCCUCAACUGAAUUUGCUCUGGGUUAAAUUCUGCAUGUGUAGAUGGCAGCUUUCAUCGGCAAAGUGCUACACGAACUCAUCAAAGCUACAUUUAGACAGUUUUAGUGGUAUUUUUGUAAACGUCCAAAAGAAGGGAAUUGCUUUGGCAGUUAAAGCUGUGCUGUGACUCGAUCUGUCCCUCCUCGUAUUCGACGGCAGCCAUCAGUGUGCUGAACAUGUGACUUUUUAUAAUCGUGCGCUCCACCUUUCAAACCCCUCCAAAGAAUCGAGCCUGAAAGAAAGAUCCUGGACCUAACCUGCAAGACCAGAAAAGACACCCCAGGACUCAGACUCCUGAACCCCAGUAUCUGCAACUGUACAUUAGUGCUCUUAAUUUAAAGCAGAAGUCUGACAUUUAUGCUCCUCUAAUUGCACCAAAUCAAAUUCAAGAAAUUAUUUUUUUCCAGACAGGCUCUACAAGCACUUGCCAGCUUCAGAAAAACUAGUCAGUGCUCUGCAAAACAGAUUAUUAAUGGUAGUUUUGCCCUGAAGUCAUGCCAUUGGUUGAGCCAGAAGUCAGACGCACACUGCAUUUAAAGGGACAGUUCACCCAAAAAUAAAAACCGGUUGUUUUCUUCCCCUUAUGUCAUUCCAAACCCUUUUUGUUUAAUUUAUAAUAAACCUGAGCAGUUUCUGUCCUCCCGUUGACAGUUUCAGGUAACCAAGAUUUGUAAAAGUCGCAAGUCGUUGUAAAACAAGCUCCCAUGUUUACCAUAUUUGAUGUGCUCUGUGUACGUGUCGAUCACUGUUUAGAUGUAAAUAAAAGUACGAAAAUGGUCAGUUCAUGAUAUUAAAUGGCCAAAUCUCUUUUAAGUUUUGGAUACCUUGAGUUUCAACGUAAGCAAGAAAACCUCUCAGAUUUCAUAUAUUCAUUUGUGUUUUAAAAAAUUAACUAAAGUUAAUUUAGAACGAGUAUAUGAUGAUAGAACUGUCUUUUUUGGGUGAACUAUCCCUUCAAAACACACCAGUGACCAGCAGACAAGUACACUGUAAACGUGUACACUAUAUUUUCCCUCGUCUCAUUGAUCUGAGCAUGAACUUCACACUAAGAGCAGCAGCGGCUUCUGCUGGCCUCUCAGUGCUACUGCAUACUACAUACUUCAGUGCCCAACAUCUCUGCUUACAUCAUACUGUACAGGAGAUGAUGUCAGCAAAGACCGGAGCAGUGUGUAGAAUGGAAAGCUAUCCUACUGCAUACUACACAGUAUGCUGUAACAUUUCACGUAGCAUACUACAUUUUCACAUGACCUCACCAUGGGUUUAAUUCAGCAAAGUACAGAUUUAAUCUCUGAUUUAAUUUGUAAAAAAAAAAA